AAAUAAUGGAAGAGAUUGAAAAUUGUUUUUGGACAGGAAAAUCGGCUAUACAUACAGUCCAACUGAAUGUAAAUGCAAUAUUGGGAGUAUAUCGAGAUGUAGUAAUGCAGAUUUAUGACAGCUCAAUCAUUUAUUUGUGACACCUAAUACAGUGAUAAGAGGAUUUAUGACAUCAAGAUCCAAGAUGUUUUCCUUCUUCAAAAACAGAUUAAAUAUGAAACAGAAGAAACUAAACGGAAAAAAUAGUGAUUGGAACUUGCCCAAAAUCACAAAUUCCGCAAUCGAUGCAAACUAUUAUAGAAUGGAACCUCAUCCAAUGGACUACCUAAUAAGGGAUAUGAUUGUAACGUCAUGCGAGGAUGGCACAAAGAUGUUAAGCCUCUGGGGGCGGGGCUUAACAGAAAUCCCGAACAUAAUCUUUGCAUACAGAGAAAUUGGGUUUCUCAACCUCCAAGAAAACUACAUCACACAUAUUCCAUUAGAUUUAAUUAACUUGAAGAAAUUACGAGUUUUAAAUUUAGGAUGCAACAACAUCCAGAUCAUUCCAAAACAUAUAUCUCAAAUGCAACACUUAGUAAGACUGAACCUGAGUAAAAAUGAACUGGGCCAACUUCCAAGUGAAAUAUCAAGAUUAAAACAAUUGAAGGAGUUAUUCCUAGGGGGCAAUCAAUUACAAAACCUGCCAAUAGAGGUCUCUGAGCUUACAAAACUGACCAAUCUUGACCUCAGUAACAAUAAAUUCCAGGAAAUCUCACAUGGAGUUCUCAAGCUUACAGAGUUACGACGACUGAAUCUCGGAUACAAUGAAAUCCAGGAAAUCAAUUCUGAAAUCAAAAACCUGAAAAUGAUGAACAAGUUAGAUCUUCACCACAAUGCAAUAUUUACCCUACCCUCUGAAAUUGGGGAUCUCAAACUCUUAACAUUUCUGAACUUACGUGUCAAUUAUUUAACAAUGCUACCCGAUGUCAUCGGUGAAAUGACGAAUCUUGUGUCAAUCGAUGUCAGUGGGAAUUGCCUACUAGCUCUACCUAUGCAAAUUCAACACUGUAAAAGACUUUGUAAAAUUACGCUCAGUGAUAAUUUUCUCACAGAAAUGCCCCAGGGAUUGUUAAAUGUCCAAAAUCUCGAGGAACUUUAUCUGGACAAUAAUCUUAUAUCUGGUCUGAAUCCCAAUGUUACCCAACUAACAUCACUAAAAGUACUGAAUCUUAGAAAAAACUAUAUCCGAACUCUAUCAAAAGAAAUCAAAGGUGCGAUGAAUCUCGAAAAACUUGACCUUUCAGAAAAUGACCUUGAUGAAUUCCCAGGGUUUAUUUCAAAACUCCCCAAACUGAACCUCCUUCGAGUGACAAACAACAACAUCGAAAAUAUUCCAGAAAGUAUUGUGAAACGUGAACAGAUCGUGCUCUAUGCUGAUAACAAUCGGUAUAGGACAAUAAAGAAAUCUACGACCAAAAAUGGGCACAUAACAUGGGAAAAUAUUGUGGAUAUGAACUCCGAUGAAACCUCAAGCAAGUCAUCAAAUUCUAAAGAUUGAUAAGCUUGUUAAAAAACGCAUGUACAUGUAUGUAUAAUAAAUUGUCAAAAAGAACUAUUUCUUUUUGAGGCACGGCCUAUUCAGUUUCUUCAAACACCCUAAAUGUUUUAACAUGCAAAGGAAUCCUUUUAAUGUAAAGGCUCCGUUAAAUAAAAUUGCCCGUCAGACCAUGAAUAUGUUAAGAGUUUAACGAAACCUUUAUACACAAUUCAACGUAAAUAUAAAAUAUCUGAAGCUACAAAAGUGUAUUGCUUGCUUUUUAAAUAUCUUAACAAAUAACAAACAAAGCGGGGUAUGUUGAAAUUAAGAACCUGUUUUACAGUGACAGUACAGCAUAUUGCACAUGUACAUGGGCAUGGCCAGGCAUUAUACAUGUGAGGCAAUAUCCUCACCAAA